AUUUCCACUGCCAACUAAUAUAAAAGAUGCUUCUAUGCAAUUGUUACAAGAUAGACAUUUAUAGAAGAACACAAAACGAAGAAAAAGAUUUAUUUCAUGCAAGAAUAAUGUUGAACAUGCUGUCAUUAUCAUCAUCGUUGUCAUCAACUUGUGAAAUUGGAUUGAUGAUUUGUGCCUAAUUAAUUCUCAUAUUAUAAUCUAAUAAAUAACGCACAUCAGCAACAGCAUCAGCAUCAUCAACGAUCAUCGUGGUUAUAAAUAUUUACACACUCAGAUAUAGAUAUAGGAUUGACAUAUAUAUGUACACAGGAACAGGAAGAAACUAUGAUUAAAUUAAAAUGAGAAUGGAAAAUUUACAUUCAUGGAUUCGAAUUGGAAUAUUCAUAUUUAUUGUGAUCUGUGAUUUUGUUCCAAACAUAAACGGCGCUGGCUCCUUUGAACUUAAAAUUCUGGAAAUUUCGAAUGCCAACAAUCAUCUUAUAGAUGGGUUUUGCUGUGGUACUAAUGACAAUGAGAAAUCAAAGACUGCAAACUGUCCAGAGUGUGCGACAGCUUUCAGAUUAUGUCUUAAAGAAUUUCCAAGUGGUACUGAAUCGGUGGGAUGUCCAUUCGGUGAAAACACGACUUCGGUGUUUGGAGGCUCUAAUUUUGAACUACAUGGUCAAAAAUUUGCAACUAUCUCAGUGCCAUUUUCAUUUCGAUGGACUCAAUCAUUUUCGUUAAUACUUCAAGCAUUGGACAUGUACAGGAAUUCAUCGUCACCAGGAAUCAUUGAGGAAGUAGCGUAUUCUGGAACCAUCUCUCCACCAUCCGAUUGGAUAAUUUUAGAUAAUAGUAAUCAAUUGAGCAAAAAUGCUCGUAUUAAGUAUAAAAUUCGUGUGAUAUGUGAUAAAAAUUAUUAUAAUUCUACAUGCACCGUAUUGUGUAAGCCAAGAAAUGAUCAAUUCGGGCAUUAUACAUGCAACAGCAAAGGACAAAAAGUAUGUCUUGAGGGUUGGAGCGGUGAAACAUGUGAUAAACCUUUGUGUUUGGAAGGAUGUGUGCACGGAAUGUGCAAAAGUCCAGGUGUCUGUGAAUGUAGGAAUGGAUAUAAAGGUUCGCGAUGCGACGAAUGCAUGACAUAUCCUGGAUGCAAAAAUGGCUUCUGCACGAGGCCAUGGGAAUGUAUAUGUAUAACAAACUGGGGUGGGAUUUUAUGCGAUAAUGAUUUAAAUUAUUGUGGAACUCAUACACCGUGCAUGUAUGGAGGAACUUGUCAUCAUUUAGGUGGUGAGAAAUUUAAUUGUAGCUGUCCUGAAGGUUUAUCGGGAAUGCGAUGUGAUAUUAUUGAGGAUCCAUGUGCAACGACGCCAUGCCAAAACAGUGCAACAUGCAUAGUCAAAGAUCCAUCAGCAUUAAACAUUACUAAAAAACCAUCGGCAAGAUAUUAUCGUGGAGGUAGCUCAAUGGGAGCCCCAGUUUCUGUGCGAACUAUAGAUACAAAAAAUACUUUAGCUAUUGGCACACAGACGAAUAAUGAGACGAACUACGUGUGUAAAUGCGCUUCAGGUUUUACAGGCACACAAUGUGAACAAAAUAUUGAUGAAUGCGAAAGCUCUCCUUGCAAACACGGCGCCACUUGUGUCGAUCUGAUAAACGAUUAUCAAUGCAAUUGUGCUCCCGGUUAUAGUGGACCAAAUUGCGAGAUAGACAUUGACGAGUGUGCCAACUCACCGUGUCAAAAUGGAGGCGAAUGCAUUGACAAGAUCAACGAGUUUUAUUGCAAAUGUGAAGCUGGAUACAACGGAACGUUAUGUGAAAUUGAUAUUUACGAGUGCCGUUCGAAAAAUUGCGACAAUAAAACGCCUGAUUUAUGUUCAUCGAGUCCAUGUAAAAAUAAUGGCACAUGUGAAUCAGGCGAAACUUGGUUUCUAUGUUCAUGUGCACACGGUUUUGAUGGUUUAACCUGCCAAAUUAAUAUAAACGAAUGUGCAUCACAGCCAUGUGCUGAGGGAUCAACAUGCAUCGAUGGUAUUGGAAAUUUUAAAUGCAUUUGUCCGCCAAGUAAACGAGGCAAAAGAUGUGAGAUUUUGCUUUCAAAUGCACCGCUCAAGCAACACCGUUCCUUUACUGAAAAUAACGUCGUCGAUGAGUCGAAUUUGUGUAAUUCCUGUAUAAUUGGUGAGCAUAAUGAGACACAAUGUUCAAAUCUAUGGUGUGGAUUACCAAAUUGCUUAAGUAAUGAUCGAGGAGUCAAGAAGAAACGUGAAAUAGGAAAUUUAAUUGUACAUGAGUGCAAUUAUAAUGAGGUUUGUGUUCCUGCAUUAAAGGAAACAUGCCUAUUACCGCCAUGUGUGAGACGUGGCGAUUGCCGCAUACUAGAGCAAUCGCUGAGAACAGCACCACCUAAAUAUCCAACAUCAAAUAAAUGUUGGCCAAAUCAAGCAAUUUUAAGUGAAAAUUGUUCACGUAUCAACAUAAUAUUAGACAUGCUUAAAAUAUCAAAAGGAUUAUCAACUGAAAGUUAUUGUCAUAAUUUGAGAACGCUCAUAGGCGGACGAAUGUUGGAGCAGAAAAUAUUUUCCCAUUCAGCAAUCAUUUUAAUCUGUGAUAUAAAAUCGGGAACAAACGAUACAAUUGAAGUGACUGUGUCAUCAGAUGAUGAGUCGACAACGAUUUUACAAAAUGUAGUUGCAAUGUUGGGAGAGUUACUAUCUCGCCCAAAAUUUUAUUUAAAGGAUUCACACAUAAUUGAUUAUCCCGAGAUAGAAGCACUGAAUGCAAUAGUUGAAAUUAAAGUUGAGACAGCAAUAAUUAAUGAAAACAUCAAUAAUGAUGUUUAUUUACUCAUAGUUUUUGUAGGCAUACUUCUAUUAAUCAUAAGUUCUAUUACAUACACCGUAUGCCUGUGGUAUUCAAAUCAUCCGAUUUGUUCCCGUCAAUCAGAAAUAGAUCUUUCAGUGACGACUGAUACCACCCGUUGUCACGAUGAAGAAAAAUCAAAUAAUCUGCAAAACGAAGAAAAUUUUCGACGGUAUGCAAAUCCAUUAAAAAAUUCAACAUGCUCAUUGCGCAGUUCAAACGUUGAAUUAAAUCCUAUACAUGAUCUAGCCGGUCCAAGUGGAUUGAAUCGAUCCCAAUUGUCAAUAUUUAAAUCACCAAAAGACUUUUCGAAUGAUUUUGAGACGACAAAAGCCAUUCCUUUCUCAUCUCAAUCGUUGUACUUGAAGACACAGAACUUUGAUGUAGAUAAAAAUACAAUUGAAAGCCAGCAAACGAAUAAAGAUUUCGAUAAGAGAUUAAAUAAGGUUGAUUUUAAAUGCUUCUCUCCAUCAACAGCAACAUCACAAGCACAUCAACAUAAUUACAAUAGUAGCAACAAUACACAUCAAACUAUAAAUAAUUCAAACGAUACGCUCACCUUGCAUAUAUAAUUGAAUUAAGAACUUUUUUAUAUUUUAAAAUCUUUCUUUUAGAUCUUAUUGGGUUGAUAAACUGUUUUUGGUACACUUUGUUUUAGCUUUUAAAAAAUAAUUCAGUAUUACCAUGAAUUCUUUAGACGAAAUAUUUCUCUUAAUAUUUUAAUCCACUAUUGAGAAUUUGACAAAAGGAUAGAUUUUGAAAAUAAGUCAAAUUUAUUGUAAAUAGAAAAAAUUAAUAUGCUAACAUUUGUGAAGCUAUGACUGUGUAUAGAUAGAUAUGAAAUUGAAACCAUUUUUUUUUGUCAAAUUUCUUUAUUUUUCAAGGCAUUUGCUGUAUUUUUUUUUAAUGUUCGCCAUACUUUUUUACAUUUUCACAAAAUUUUGAGUAUGUAAAGUCUCCAGAAAAUAAGUCCUCAGCCCAAUAUGUUAUUUAAUUAAUUUUAUUUUGUGAGAUGAUGUUGAUUGUAUUUAUUAUUACCGCUUCUUAAUCAUUCCAUCAUUUCGUCGUCUCAGUGAAAUAAAUGAACAAAAAUAGAAUAUAAAUUUUAAUAUAAUUUAUAAAAAACAAAGAAAAAGUGAGAGAGAGAGAGAGAGAUGAAAAAGUUAAAUGAAGAAGAAUAAGGUGCCUUUCAUUAUAAAAUUGUAAAGUAGUGACGAAAUGAAACCCUUAACUGUCUCUAAUGCGCCCGUACUUUUUGAAUAGGCAACAACUUAUAAAUUCUUACAUUUCUUCAAGAAUUCUUCUUCUUUUCUUGUUUGAUAAAUGAUUAUAAGACGAAAACUGUCAGUUCUUCCAUUUGUAGUACAUUUUUUCCAUUUAAAUUAAAGAAAGAAAAAAUUAUUUUUUUUCUUUACCUUCUUUAUUUGAAGACUCUACUAUUGAAGAAGUAGAUUAACGAAAUAAUAAGAGUAAUUAAUUUUAAGUUAAUAGUUUCCUUAAUUUUAUGAAUGUAGUGAGUAGUGAGUAUAGAUAUGAAAAAUAG